UUAUAAUCACAAUUUCAUACAGAAAUUUUGUAAAAUAUGUUGCAAUUUACAAAGCGUGUACAAUUUAAAGCUGCAGCUGCGCCAUCCCUGGAUUUCACACGUUACAAAACAUGGUUCACGGAUGUGAAGAUGGCACCACCCGACGUAAUACUCGGCAUCACGGAGGCAUUUUUAAAGGAUAAAAAUCCUAAAAAGGUUAAUUUAGGCGUUGGCGCAUACCGUGAUGACAACAGCAAGCCAUGGGUGUUGCCCAGCGUGAAAGAGGCACAAAAACGCGUAAUAGCUAAAAAUAUGAAUAAGGAAUAUGCACCCAUACAGGGUUUGGCGGACUUUUAUAACAAAUCAAUAGCGCUGGCGUUGGGCGAAGACUCGGACAUACUGAAAAAUAAUUGCAAUGCAACUGUGCAGAGUUUGAGUGGCACCGGUGCCUUACGUAUUGGUGCCGCAUUUUUAGGUCUCUUCUGGAAGGGUGAACGCGUGGUGUAUUUGCCCACACCCACAUGGCCUAACCACCGACCAAUUUUCAUGCAUUCCGGCCUGAAAGUGGCCAACUAUAGCUAUUAUGAUCCAAAUACGCGUGCGCUGAAUGAGCAGACGCUUCUUGAGUCGUUAUGUAAAAUACCAGAAAAAUCCAUUGUGCUGCUACAUGCGUGUGCCCACAAUCCCACAGGUGUCGAUCCGAAUGCGAAGCAAUGGUGCGAAAUAUCGCGAAUAAUGAAAUCACGUAAUUUAUAUGCUUUCUUCGACAUGGCUUAUCUUGGUUUCGCUAGCGGUGAUAUUGAUAAUGAUGCGGUAGCUGUACGCAUUUUUAGCGCCGAGGGGCAUACAUUUUGCUUGGCACAGAGUUAUGCCAAAAAUAUGGGUUUAUAUGGUGAACGCGUUGGUUCAUUUACUUUGGUCUGCAGUUCGAAGGAUGAGGCUGAACGUGUGACAUCCAAUUUGAAAACCAUUAUACGGCCCAUGUAUUCGAGUCCACCUAUCCAUGGUGCGCGCAUUGCAAUGGAGAUUUUCAAGGAUGACGAACUCUACUGCGUGUGGUUGGAUGAUUUGAAGACAAUGGCCAAUCGUACUAUAAGUAUGCGUAAGGAAUUGAAAGAGAAAUUAAUUUCACUCGGUUCUAAGCACUCCUGGGAGCAUAUAACCAAUCAAAUCGGCAUGUUCUGCUAUACUGGUCUGAAACCGGAGCAAGUGUCGCGUCUUAUAAAGGAAUAUAGUAUUUACUUGACCAAGGAUGGGCGUAUUGCGGUAGUCGGUCUGACAACGAAGAAUGUCGCUUAUGUUGCAGAAUCUAUUCAUGCCGUCACCAAGUAGCUUUUUCAUUGUAUAUUUAAC